AUGGAACAAAUCGAACAAAUAGAAACAGAAAUACAGGGAUUAAAACGGGAAAAGAGAUUUUUAGAAGAAGAACAACGCGAUGCUGAUUAUUAUGAAGAAUUGAGCGAAGAAAUUGAACAUCUAAACGAAAAAAUAAGAACGAGACAGCAACUAGUUAGGACAAUAGUCAAUAAUAGAAAUAUUCAAAAUACUUCCCAAACUCAACAUACUCAGCCGCAGGGAGAAAUCCAAGAAUUAAAGCAAAUAUUAUUGAGGUUAGAAAGAAAAGUCGACCAAUUACAAGGGCAAGUAAAUCAAUUUCACCUCGGAUAA